CAAGGCAGUGGGGCGGGAAGGGAACUGGAGACACAACAAACAUGGCGGCGGUAGCGGCUGCGAGGGUGACGAAGACGGCGGCGGUGACGGCGACGGCAGCGGCGUUGAACAAGGCGGUGGGGGUUACUCGGUGCGGUUGUCAGGUGACCUCUGUAUGGCUUUCCAAUUUUAGUUGAAAUUCCCUCCAUGGCCUUUUGGAGUCCCUUGGUGUGUCUCCAGAGUAAAUUUUUAUUACUCUACAUUUCAUCAAUGUUGGAGUGGCAAGACAAAGGAGGAACUGAUUUGGGGUGAAAAGGUAUAACAAACUGUAAACUUCAAAAAAAAAAAAGAAAAACAAAGAUGGGUGAAAAGAAACCAGAGCCUUUGGAUUUUGUGAAAGAUUUCCAGGAAUACCUGACUCAGCAGACCCAUCAUGUGAACAUGAUUUCUGGAUCAGUUAGUGGGGACAAAGAAGCAGAGGCUCUUCAGGGAGCUGGAACAGAUGGUGAUCAGAAUGGACUUGAUCACCCAUCUGUUGAAGUUUCCCUGGAUGAAAACUCAGGAAUGUUAGUAGACGGGUUUGAAAGGACCUUUGAUGGGAAGCUCAAGUGUCGGUACUGCAACUAUGCCAGCAAAGGAACAGCCCGGCUUAUCGAACAUAUUAGAAUCCACACAGGUGAGAAACCUCAUAGAUGUCACUUAUGUCCAUUUGCAUCUGCUUAUGAGCGUCAUCUGGAAGCCCAUAUGCGUUCCCAUACAGGAGAAAAACCAUACAAAUGUGAAUUAUGUUCCUUCCGCUGCAGUGAUCGAAGUAACCUGUCCCAUCAUCGAAGGCGCAAGCAUAAAAUGGUACCAAUUAAAGGUACUAGGUCUUCCUUAAGCAGCAAGAAAAUGUGGGGAGUUUUACAGAAGAAAACAAGCAAUCUGGGCUAUAGCAGAAGAGCACUAAUCAACUUAAGUCCACCUUCUAUGGUGGUUCAGAAGCCAGACUACCUUAAUGAUUUUACCCAUGAAAUCCCAACUAUCCAGACUGACUCCUAUGAAAGUAUGGCGAAAACCACAUCAACUGGUGGCCUGCCAAGGGAUCCCCAAGAACUCAUGGUUGACAACCCUUUAAAUCAGCUCUCAACUCUAGCAGGACAGUUGUCCAGUUUGCCACCUGAAAACCAAAACCCCGCAUCCCCUGAUGUAGUUCCCUGCCCCGACGAGAAGCCUUUCCUGAUGCAGCAGCCCUCUGCCCAAGCAGGAGUUUCUGCCGUGUCCGCAAGUAUUCCUCAGAGCUCCUCUCCCACAAGCCCCGAACCUCGGCCAUCACAUGGUCAAAGGAACUAUAGUCCAGUGGCAGGACCGAGCAGUGAGCCAAGUGCCCACACGAGUACUCCUAGCAUAGGAAACAGCCAGCCAAGCACUCCAGCUCCCACCCUGCCCGUCCAGGACCCGCAGCUUCUGCACCACUGCCAGCACUGUGACAUGUACUUUGCUGACAACAUUCUUUACACUAUUCAUAUGGGAUGUCAUGGGUAUGAAAAUCCUUUUCAGUGUAACAUAUGUGGAUGCAAAUGUAAAAACAAGUAUGAUUUUGCCUGUCAUUUUGCAAGAGGGCAGCAUAACCAACACUGAUUGAAAACAAUCACAUUAUGCUUUAGUUAGUUUUACCUUUUUGUGUUUUGUAGUUUUGCUUAUUGUUUUUUUCAGCGGGGGUUGGGUGGGUCUCAUCCUUAGCAAGCUGUCUGCUAAUUUAAAGUUUAUAUAUUAUAUUUAUAGAAUAUAAAUUUGACAGUGGAAUCAAAAUUUUCUCCUUUUUCUCAUAAAAAUCUGUCAGAGUCAUUUAUGUAUUAGAACAGUUAGGCACAUUGGUGUCUGUUUUUCCCUUUCAUUUAGACAUUUGAGAAUUUGAGUGCAAUCAUAAUCUUACAGGGGUUCAUUUAAAUUUCCCACAUUUAUGGUCCAUGAAAACUUCAAGGCUGAUCAAUACUCUUGAUAUUUCAGUAUAUACAUUGCAACUAGAUGUUAUUUCUACCUUAUUUCAAAAUGGUAGAAUAAAUCACUUUCUCUUACAAAAUCUGUUACAGCUGAUUUCAGUGUUUAGUAGAGGAAUUGUGUUUAAAAUUGCUCUUAAUUGAAAUGCUAUUUAGUUUACAUAGCUUAAGUUGAAUCAGUAGUUUGAUUUCAACUGAUAAUAGUACAGCUAUUUCACUGUAGUAAAUUUUUUCCAAAGGGGAAAUGUAAAACAGUUAAUUCUUUUUAAAUUAAAGUUAUAAAAAUAUGGGGUAAAAGUUCUGAAAUGAAACUUAAGACUUUACAUUGAAAAACGGGGAUUAAUUUGUAUUAAAAUACCUGUUUAUUCAAUUUCUAAUGUAAACACAUCAAUUUUCCAUUGGACUCUUUUUAUUAUACUUCUAGUUUAUUAUAAAAACCAGAGGCAAAUACAUGAGAACGCUAGACAUAUCAGAAGAUUAUCUAUGAAGAUGCCUUUCUUUCUUUUAAUUUGAACCUUUUGUUAAAAUCCUUCAUUCUGAUGCCCUUAGUGUCAGAUGAGGUUGAUAACUAUACUGAGAAUCUGUUAUUCCUCCUAUUCCUUUGAUGACCAAAGAGGUACAGUGCAAGUCAUCCAUCUUAUUCCUAGGAAUAAGUCCUUCAGAAAACAUCUCUGAAAUUUCCUUUUCCUGCCUUCUAUUUGUUGCCCAUAAUUUCCAAGAAAAGGUGGGUAUAGAAACACAUGGAAAAUGUGAUGGUGAGGUAAUGUUUAGAAAAAUGAGAACAUAUGUCCAAAAUGAAUUCUGGUCUCCUCUUCAGAAUUGGCCAUUUAAAAUAUUUUCUGUGAGUUCAAGUUGUAAUGCUUAUUUGCAGUUUUACUAGUUUUUCAUGUACAGUGACAAAACUAUAUGGAAACUGUGACUGAAUUUGUCGCCUUGGUAGGAAAGGAUAAAAAAGUGUGAAAAUAGAUAUAAAAUUCAUUUAAACAUGAUAUUUAACUUGUUUACAAAAAUAAGACCUGCUAAAUAAAUCUAGAAUAAUUAAUUUUAAAUAGAAGGCUAUUGUUUUUAUAUUGUGUAAUAACUAGCUUAUUCUGAAGAGAGCUUGGUCAAACAAUAAAAUAUAUUGUUACUAA